GCCAUCGUUCGGCAAAGGGACUUGUAUAGGUGUACAUUUGCGACUUGUCCUCAGCCUGACUGCGAUUCUACUACUCACGCUUUGGGAACCCCCUCUUUUCUUGGACCGCCUCUUAUAUGCACGGCUGGCAGAAAUCUCGACAUCAAAUCUCUUCUCCGGCUUUUGCGGGAAACUUUGGGGAUAAACUCGUACAGGACAGUGGGAAGUAAGGACACAAAAAUGGCUAGCCCUUUUGCUUCCAUCGCGAAUCAAAGAGUCACGGCACAAAAACCGCCACGAGAAUCUCCAGAAUUGGAUUUUGACAGAUGCGCCGCUCUUCAUAACACGAUAGCCAUAUAUGGCUGGCUACGCAGCGGCCGCAAAGUAGCCGACAUGGAUCGCAAAACCUGGUGGAUGAAGCAUGGCAGCAAAACGCUUGAGAUCUUACUACGACCUUCUCUUGUCAAGUACCUGAAGAAAAUCUUUGAUUUGCCGGGUGGAGAUGGGAGUCAUUUUUUCUAUUAUAUUAGUAGGGUUGCGAGACCGAGGGAGAUGGUGUAUUUGGGGGAUUUGCUGGACGAUAGUGAGAAGAAGGUCAAGGGGGAGAAGCAUCGAUUUAUCACGCUGUACAUGACGAACAAGGAGUUGGUCAGUCAAAGAAGUGGCAUUGUAUAUGAUCAGGAGACAGGCAAGGCAAUCUUCAUGCCGACAUUCUUACACAUCUUCGACUUGUACGACCAAAAAUUACCAUGGCAACGACUGGAAUCAAUCCUUAGUGCCUAUAUCGACAUGAUUGAAGCUGGGAAAGCGGUGGCCUUGCACGAUUCAAUUGGUCGCGAGCCUCGACUAGGACCAGUGGAAGGACCAGAUGGACAAACAUCGUGGCAAGAAAUUGCACCUGCUGGACCGAAAGUGGACCCAUACACUGGAGCUCGGCGGUCCCGCUACGACACACAUCCUUGGAGUCUGGUAUCCUACACACACGCCGACCUGACAACCUGCCUAAAGCUCUGGGAGGAGCUCUUCACAAUAAUCGAGAUCAAAAGUGGACUACGAGACGAAGAAGAAGACCCCAACACCACCCCCCUCUGCAGUAGAUCCGGUCUUUCCGCCGCAGGUGUACCCCGAGGCUUCGCCUACGACCUCCUCUCCCACGCCCGCCAACCACGAAUCUGGUACGUCGCCCCGGGCAUCCGUCUCCCCCAAGCCUCGGAAUUCGUAAACCAACCCUUCAAACACGUCGCCGCAAAAUACCCAAAAGAAACAGAGGGCAUCAAGAUGCCAUUUUUGUUUUUCCGAGCCGAGGGCACUGUGACGUCCAAACAGGCAAAUUUCCGCUGGCCGUUUAGUACGGUGCAGGAAGUGCCUUGUGGGCUUUACCUUGACUCUUAUCCUAACAAGGAAAACCCAUUUGAGGAUGCUUGUAGACUUGUCUUGCCUUUUGCUGUGGGAGCGAAUAAGAAGGCUAGAACUAGUGAUGGGAGGUUAAUGUCAAAGAGCCAUACUGAAGUCUACGCUCAUGGUAUUAAUCCUUUUACUUUACGUCAUGGCCCGAAGUUGACGGCGAUAUUGGAGAAUUGGUUGGUCAAUGUCAAGAGUGGGCAUUGGACUGUGGAUGAGCAGGGUGUUUCUGGUGGCGUGGAGGCUUGGAAACAAGCGGAUACGGAGGAGCAUUGGGACAAGUAUGUUUCGGCGCAUUUAGCAUUGUAGGCAUGGAUAAGACGGCAUUUUGUAUGAGCAUUUUCUUGCAUGUUCCAGAGAGACGAUUACUUCCAUCAUGCUCUUGCUAUAAACACGAUAUC